AUGCCAUCGAUUGAAGAACUAUUUCAAGCAUUCCCUCAGAACCCAGCUAUUUACUAUACUUUGGUAUUUGCUUUACUAGUUGGUGUUUUCAAGUUAACCACUUUUCUUCUUAAAUUUGGGUCCUUGAUCGUUGACACUUUUGUGGUACCCCCAGUGGAUUUCGUCAAAUAUGGUGCCAAUAGCGGCAAAUGGGCUGUUGUUACCGGUGCUUCCGAUGGGAUUGGUAAGGAAUUUGCUUUCCAAUUAGCUAGACGUGGAUUUGCUAUUGUCUUGGUUUCCAGAACGAAGUCAAAGUUGGAGGCUGUGGCUGAAGAAAUUUCGGCCAAGUACAAGACUAAUACCAAGAUUGUUCCAUUUGAUGCAGCACUGGACGAUGAAGCCAACUACUUGGAAUUGGAAAAGACAAUUUAUGAUUUGCCAAUCACCAUUUUGAUCAACAAUGUUGGACAGUCCCACUCCAUUCCUGUUCCAUUUUUAGAAACUGACUCCACCGAAUUGAGAAAUAUCAUUACUAUAAAUAAUACUGCUACCUUGAGAAUUACGCAGGUUAUUGCUCCAAUUAUUGCUGCCACUGUUGAGAAGUCGCGUGGAAAAGCUAGAGGUCUUAUUUUGACCAUGGGAUCUUUUGGUGGAUUGUUGCCCACUCCUUACUUGGCUGUUUACUCUGGCUCGAAGGCAUUUUUACAGCAAUGGUCCAAUGCAUUAGCAGGUGAAUUAAACCCUGAAGGUAUUGAUGUUGAGUUGGUUAUCUCAUAUUUAGUGACAUCAGCCAUGUCCAAGAUCAGACGCUCAUCAAUAACGAUUCCAAAUGCCAAAGAUUUUGUUGCUUCAGCAUUAAGGGGAGUUGGCCGUAGAGGUGGUGCGCAAGAAAGGUUUGCUACUAGCACUCCAUACUGGACGCAUGCUUUAAUGCAUUUCGGUAUUGACAAUACAGUUGGUGUUUACUCUAAACUUGCCAACAAGCUCAAUCUCAAUAUGCACAAAUCGAUUAGACAAAGAGCAUUGAAGAAGAAGGCAAGGACUGCUGCUGGUGUUAGUGCUGAGAAGAAAGACUAG